AUUACGUUUUCAGCAGCGUUCUUCAGUUCCUUCAGCUUGUAAGCUUUUCCCCCUCUCGCUCUCCUGUACUCGCUCAGUUGGUUAAUCGUCGUCAGGCACCAUGCAGAUCUUUGUUAAGACCCUCACCGGCAAGACCAUCACCCUUGAGGUGGAGAGCAGCGAUACCAUCGAUAACGUGAAGGCCAAGAUUCAGGACAAGGAGGGUAUCCCCCCUGACCAGCAGCGGCUUAUUUUCGCCGGGAAGCAACUGGAGGACGGUCGUACUCUUGCUGACUACAACAUCCAGAAGGAGUCGACGCUGCAUCUGGUCCUCCGCCUUCGUGGUGGUAUGCAGAUCUUCGUCAAGACUCUCACCGGGAAGACCAUCACCCUGGAGGUUGAGAGCAGCGACACCAUCGAUAACGUCAAGGCCAAGAUUCAGGACAAGGAGGGUAUCCCCCCUGACCAGCAGCGUUUGAUUUUCGCCGGCAAGCAGUUGGAGGACGGCCGUACCCUUGCUGACUACAACAUCCAGAAGGAGUCUACUCUUCACCUGGUGCUUCGUCUCCGUGGUGGCAUGCAAAUUUUCGUGAAGACUCUGACCGGAAAGACCAUCACGCUUGAGGUCGAGAGCAGCGACACCAUCGACAACGUGAAGGCCAAGAUUCAGGACAAGGAGGGUAUCCCCCCUGACCAGCAGCGUCUUAUCUUCGCUGGCAAGCAGCUCGAGGACGGUCGUACCCUCGCCGAUUACAACAUCCAGAAGGAGUCGACCCUGCAUCUGGUGCUGCGACUCCGCGGUGGGAUGCAGAUUUUUGUCAAGACCCUGACCGGCAAGACUAUCACCCUUGAGGUCGAGAGCAGCGACACCAUCGACAACGUGAAGGCCAAAAUCCAGGACAAGGAGGGUAUCCCCCCUGACCAGCAGCGUCUGAUUUUCGCCGGCAAGCAGCUCGAGGACGGUCGUACCCUCGCCGAUUACAACAUCCAGAAGGAGUCAACCCUUCACCUGGUGCUGCGUCUUCGCGGUGGGAUGCAGAUCUUCGUUAAGACCCUCACCGGCAAGACCAUCACCCUUGAGGUGGAGAGCAGCGAUACCAUCGAUAACGUGAAGGCCAAGAUUCAGGACAAGGAGGGUAUCCCCCCUGACCAGCAGCGUCUGAUUUUCGCCGGCAAGCAGCUGGAGGAUGGUCGUACACUCGCUGAUUACAACAUUCAGAAAGAGUCGACGCUGCAUCUGGUCCUUCGCCUUCGUGGUGGCAUGCAGAUUUUCGUGAAGACCCUUACCGGCAAGACGAUUACUCUCGAGGUGGAGAGCAGCGAUACCAUUGAUAACGUGAAGGCCAAGAUCCAGGACAAGGAGGGUAUCCCCCCUGACCAGCAGCGUCUUAUCUUCGCUGGCAAGCAGUUGGAGGAUGGACGUACUCUGGCGGAUUACAACAUCCAGAAGGAGUCAACCCUUCACCUUGUCCUCCGCCUCCGUGGGGGUCAGUAGGCCAGUGUCCUAGCCGGCCUGUGAUGUAGUUGUUUGGCGUGCUGUUACUUGGAAUUGUGUUAAUGUGAUUUUUUCAUGGAAAGUCGGAGCCAAACAAAUCAUUCUACGCUUGUGCCAUUGUAGUGCACAUUGACCACGAGAUUUGCUGAGUAAUC